CAGAGACAGAGGAAGAGAGAGCAGCCGAGCGGAGGGCUAGCGACAGAAGAGAAACAAACACAGAAGAAGAGCAAGGGUCUGACAUGAGAGCAGAGGAGUAAACUGUCUGCAGACAUGUCCUCCCGGGCUGAGAGUAAGACAGCCUCCCAGAUUGCAUAUCUCACCAUGAGGUUGAAGGAUAAGCUCCACCCACAGCGGACGAGACGUCCUGUCAGACUCACCCCAUCAUUGAGAGUCAAACCACCUGACCUGAACCUGCAGCAGCCCCAGUCGUCAGGUGUGUUCGCGGACCAGCAGCGGGCCGUGGUCAGCUCCCUGCAGUACUUUAAGGCUCUGGUGGACCGACUGGGUGUUGACAAACCUGGCGUGGACAAACCGGUUCUGAACCAGUCUGUGGUCGGUGGUCUGCUGGGUGGGGCUUCUGGGGGGGUCCUGGAGGCGGUCCAGACUCUGGUCCAGCUGGAGCCUCGCCUACACAGCAGUAAGACGGUCGCUGCCUGUCUUGCUCGCCUCUACCGCUCUCUGGGUCAGCUGAUUCACUGGACUGAUCAGGUGAUGUUGCAGAGUGUCUCCCACGACAACAAGGAGUCGACAGAGAGUGUUACCAAAGUGAUCAGGACCUUGCUGGACAACGUCAAGGAUCUGGUUCGAUUGGUUGCAGAGAGACAAGAAGGCUCCGCCCCCCUGUCACCUGUCCAGCCAGAGUCAUCAGGGUUUGAUGAGCAGGCAAUAUCGUCCUGCAGGAAUCCUGCUGAUGAGAAGGAGAAGAACAUGGGGGUGGAGCCAACAAAGAGAGGGGAGGUGCAAAUACUUUCAGCUCCUCCCAAACCUCCUAUGCCCAUCCCAGAGUCGCUCACUCAGGUGACCCCCCAGCUGGGACAGAGUCCUCCAGCUCUGCCUCCCAAGAAGCGCCAAUCAACAUUAAGCCCCACCCCCUGCAGGGUUGCCAUAGUAGCGCCAAUGAGAAGAGAGACUGAAAUAGAAACACCGGCUGAACAGGACGACGACUGUUUGAAGAGAUGCUCCAUUUCCUCUGCCGACUGUUUUCCUCAGAAUGAACACACGGAGGACGAUCCAGACUAUGCCUUCCUCGACACAGAUCAGUCCUCCUCGGAGACGCUCCCCCCUCUCCCUGGUUCCUCCUGUCUCCCUCCUGCCCUGCCGGAGAAGAGGCGACGCAGCACCACAGGUAACACAAGCUCCCAGACUCAGCCAUGCUUUGGGUUUGAUUCUGCCCCUGAGGACCAGAGCAAUGCCAAGUGUGAUGACAACACAGGCCCAGAUGAACCUGUCUCCUCCCCUUUGUCCCCCAGCAAGACACCCCCUCCCCUCCCUGAGAAGAAACGACACAUCCACGAGUACCUUCAGUUCUGUUCGUCCUACAGCGAUCAGUCUCCACUCAUGUUCUAUCAGAGGCCUCCAGGUUUCAGUCAGAGAUACAACAGCCGAUAUCGAGAGCUCGACGCCUCCUACCAGCUCUCUCACACACACCUGGACACACAGCUGGACGCAGACUUCACUCCCUCACCUGAGCUGAUUCCUGCUCCGAUUCUACCACCGAAGAAGAAGCAGCAGGACUCAGCUGACAGGCCGACUGAAGAGGGCCAGGGCGGAGACAGUACCCAGAGUGUCCAGCAGGAGGUGGAGCGUGACAGGAGAAGCAGCACGGAGGAGCAGGAGGAGGUGUUACUGACUGACAAGAAGAAGAUUCUCAGCAGAAUCACCAUGAAGUCUGAGGAGGAGGAGGGUCCUGAUGUAAAGGCAGCCUCACCUGAUGUCCUAUUGGUCUAUGCUACGGGGACCAGCAGCAGAGACCAGGACCUGUACCGUGAAGCCUUCCUCUGCACCUACAGGAGCUUCAUCAGCCCAAACGAUGUCAUCAGCAAACUCCAGCACAGGUACAGACACCUGUGUGGCAGACGGGAACAUGCAGACCUGACAGCUGCCAAAAACACUUUCCACCUGCUGGUUGGCGUGGUGGACGAACUAUGUGCGAUAGAGCUCGACUCUGAUGUGCUUCUGCUACUGAUGGACUUGGUGUUCAGCCUUCUGAUUGGUGGAGAGCUGGGACCGGCCCACCAGCUGCGCUCCAACAUCCUGUCAAAGAUGGAGAAGAGGUGGAAGCUAAUUGGCUCACCUCAGUCACUCCGUCCACUUGCUGCCAAGGGUGUGGCUGCCAGACCAGGAACUCUGCUGGACUUCAGGAGUCAGGAUUUAGCUGAACAGUUGACUCUGCUGGAUGCUGAACUCUUCACAAAGAUCGAGCUUCCAGAGGUGUUGCUGUGGUCAAAGGAGCAGAAUGAGGAGAAGAGUCCCAACCUGACAGAGUUCACUCAACACUUUAACAACGUCUCCUUCUGGGUUCGUUCCGUCAUCAUCCUUCAGGACAAACCUCAGGACAGAGAGAGGCUGCUGCUGAAGUUCCUGAAGAUCAUGAAGCACCUGAGGAAGCUCAAUAACUUUAACUCGUACCUGUCAAUCCUGUCAGCGCUGGACUCUGCCCCUCUGCGACGCCUGGACUGGCAGAAAAGCACCUCAGAGGCUUUGGAGGAGUUCAGCACCUUGAUCGACAGUUCAUCCUCUUUCAGAGCCUACAGAGCAGCGCUGGCUGAAGUGGAGCCUCCCUGUAUACCCUACCUGGGUUUGAUUCUGCAGGACUUGACUUUUGUCCACCUUGGGAAUCCCGACACCUUGAUGACAUCACAGGGUUCAAAGGUUAACUUUUCCAAACGCUGGCAGCAGUUUAACAUCCUGGACACCCUGAGGAGCUACCAGCAAGUGAGCUACACUCUGCUGCCUGAUGAUGACAUCAUUUCCUUCUUUAACGACUUCAGCGAUCACCUGGCUGAGGAGGCGCUGUGGGAGCUCUCUCUCAAGAUCCGCCCAAAGAACACUCCUCGAGCCAAUCAGAGAUGAGCUUUGGUAUAGGCGCAGCGGGUCAUGCAGCUAAUCGGCUGCACCUGUUUUGAUGCUAAUACGCUGUAACACAGAGAACUGACCCGGUGCCAAACCGGGGAGCGAGUGCCGAGAGUGAGACAUUACAGGCACAGACACAUGCAGGGUAAAACCUACAGACAUUUUACUACCAGAGGUUUCCUUCCCUCCCUCGCUCCUGUUAACAGAAACAUAUUCAGAUUCUGGUCCGGUACCCACAGAUGGAUCAGAGAGACUUCCAGAUUUUGUUGAAGGACGAAAAACUGCUUCCAAACAUCCAUGAAACAUCACUGCUUACCUGCCUGUCAACUCACCUGCCCUUACCUGAUGGUGGAAACCUCACCUCAGUACCGUGUCUUUAAGGCCACAAAAAUUAGUUAAUGAUUAAAGCUGAUCCCACCUGACCAUCUUGGGAUUUCCAGUGGAAAGAUUCCCUGCUUAGUAGGAAUGAUGCAAAAUUUCAGCUCCCUUUAAGGGAUGAAGGUCCGACUGUUUUAGAUGUUUUUCUAGCACCGGUUUUGAUCUGUAUUUAAAUGCAUCACGCUCGGUCCAGUUACUCUGAGGGUAACUGGACUGGUUCUCAUGUAGUCCUCUAAUUUUUAAUUCAGUUUUAUUUAUAAGGAGCGUCGUACUGUAAGGCAGACCCUACAAUAAUGCAGAGAAAACCCUACAAUCAGACGCCUCCCUAUGAGCAAGCACUUGAUGACAGUGGGAAGGAAAAGCUCCCUUCUAACAGGAAGAGUCCUCAGGCCCAGGGUGGAGCAGCUGGAGUUGAUGAGCACUCAAAGCACUUUAUAUGCUUUUUUCACUCAUUCUUACUCACUCACACUUCAUUUCUACAUCUGUGUGUUUCCUGUCUGAAGGUCCUUUCACAUCGGAUGCCGCGCUGACCGCUAGCUAGAGCGAACGACCCAAAAUUUGCGUUGUGCUGGCUGCUGCGCUCUGCUUGUACGAGAUGUGCCCACUUCCUGUCAUUUCAAAACACGUAUCUUUUCCAUUGGAUCCUCUACCAGAGCUUGUGUUCAAAUGUUUAAUUAAAGAAGAAAGCUUUGUAA